AUCACCGCGGAGUCUGUCGCGCGGAGGGGGCGGGGAAUCCGGCCCCCGCACUCGAUCCACGCUGGCUCCCCACGGAGGCCCCCCCACUCCCACUCGCAUCUGUACUAUGCGGUCCUCCUAAUCCGCCCGCUCCUCGACACUUCCGCCUCAGUAUGGCAUCACAGCUGCAGGUGUUUUCCCCCCCAUCAGUGUCGUCGAGUGCCUUCUGCAGUGCGAAGAAACUGAAAAUUGAGCCCUCUGGCUGGGAUGUUUCUGGACAGAGCAGCAACGACAAAUAUUAUACCCACAGCAAAACCCUCCCAGCCACACAAGGGCAAGCCAACUCCUCUCACCAGGUAGCAAAUUUCAAUAUCCCUGCCUACGACCAGGGCCUCCUUCUCCCAGCUCCUGCAGUGGAGCAUAUUGUUGUAACAGCUGCUGAUAGCUCGGCCAGUGCUGCUCCAUCAACCUUCCAAAGCAGCCAGACCCUGACUCACAGAAACAACGUUUCUUUGCUUGAGCCAUAUCAAAAAUGUGGAUUGAAAAGAAAAAGUGAGGAAGUUGACAGCAACGGUAGCGUGCAAAUCAUAGAAGAACAUCCCCCUCUCAUGCUGCAAAACAGGACUGUGGUGGGUGCUGCUGCCACGACCACCACUGUGACCACAAAGAGUAGCAGUUCCAGUGGAGAAGGGGACUACCAGCUGGUCCAGCAUGAGAUCCUUUGCUCUAUGACCAAUAGCUAUGAAGUGUUGGAGUUCCUAGGCCGGGGAACAUUUGGACAGGUGGCUAAGUGCUGGAAGCGGAGCACGAAGGAAAUUGUGGCUAUUAAAAUCUUGAAGAACCACCCCUCCUAUGCCAGACAAGGACAGAUUGAAGUGAGCAUCCUUUCUCGCCUAAGCAGUGAAAAUGCUGAUGAGUAUAAUUUUGUUCGUUCUUAUGAGUGCUUUCAGCAUAAGAAUCACACCUGCCUUGUGUUUGAGAUGCUGGAGCAGAACUUGUAUGAUUUUCUAAAGCAGAACAAGUUUAGCCCACUGCCACUCAAGUACAUCAGACCAAUCUUGCAGCAGGUGGCCACAGCCCUGAUGAAGCUCAAGAGCCUUGGUCUGAUUCACGCUGACCUUAAGCCUGAAAACAUAAUGCUGGUCGAUCCAGUGCGCCAACCCUACCGAGUGAAGGUCAUUGACUUUGGUUCUGCUAGUCACGUUUCCAAAGCUGUGUGCUCAACCUACUUACAGUCACGUUACUACAGAGCCCCUGAAAUUAUUCUUGGAUUACCAUUUUGUGAAGCUAUUGAUAUGUGGUCAUUGGGCUGUGUGAUAGCUGAGCUGUUCCUGGGAUGGCCUCUUUAUCCUGGUGCUUCAGAAUAUGAUCAGAUUCGUUACAUUUCACAAACACAAGGCCUGCCCGCUGAAUAUCUUCUCAGUGCUGGGACAAAAACAACAAGGUUUUUCAACAGAGAUCCUAAUUUGGGGUAUCCGCUGUGGAGGCUUAAGACACCGGAAGAACAUGAAUUGGAGACUGGAAUCAAAUCAAAAGAAGCUCGAAAGUACAUUUUUAAUUGUUUAGAUGACAUGGCUCAGGUAAAUAUGUCCACAGACUUGGAGGGAACAGAUAUGUUGGCAGAGAAGGCGGAUCGAAGAGAAUAUAUUGAUCUGUUAAAAAAAAUGCUGACAAUUGAUGCAGAUAAGAGAAUUACUCCUCUGAAAACUCUUAACCAUCAGUUUGUGACAAUGACCCACCUUCUGGAUUUUCCACAUAGCAAUCAUGUUAAGUCCUGUUUUCAGAACAUGGAGAUCUGCAAGCGGAGGGUUCACAUGUACGAUACAGUGAGUCAGAUCAAGAGUCCCUUCACUACUCACGUUGCCCCAAAUACAAGCACAAAUCUAACCAUGAGCUUCAGCAACCAGCUUAAUACAGUGCACAAUCAGGCCAGUGUUCUAGCUUCCAGUUCUACUGCAGCAGCUGCUACUCUUUCCCUGGCUAAUUCAGAUGUCUCAUUGCUAAACUACCAGUCAGCUUUGUAUCCAUCGUCUGCAGCACCAGUUCCUGGAGUUGCCCAGCAGGGCGUGUCCUUGCAGCCUGGAACCACCCAAAUUUGCACUCAGACAGAUCCGUUCCAACAAACAUUUAUAGUAUGUCCACCUGCUUUUCAGACUGGACUACAAGCAACAACAAAACACUCUGGAUUCCCUGUGAGGAUGGAUAACGCCGUGCCGAUUGUACCCCAGGCGCCGGCCGCGCAGCCACUGCAGAUCCAAUCGGGAGUGCUGACGCAGGGAAGCUGUACACCACUAAUGGUAGCAACUCUCCACCCUCAAGUAGCCACCAUCGCACCGCAGUAUGCGGUGCCCUUUACUCUGAGCUGCGCAGCCGGCCGGCCGGCGCUGGUUGAACAGACUGCCGCUGUACUGCAGGCUUGGCCUGGAGGAACCCAACAAAUUCUCCUGCCUUCAACUUGGCAACAGUUGCCUGGGGUAGCUCUGCACAACUCUGUCCAGCCCACAGCAGUGAUUCCAGAGGCCAUGGGCAGUGGCCAGCAGCUCACAGACUGGAGGAAUGCCCACUCUCACGGCAACCAGUACAGCACUAUCAUGCAGCAGCCCUCCUUGCUGACUAACCACGUGACGCUGGCCACUGCUCAGCCCCUGAAUGUUGGUGUUGCCCAUGUUGUCAGACAACCACAAUCCAGUUCUCUCCCUUCUAAGAAGAAUAAGCAAUCUGCUCCAGUCUCUUCUAAGUCUUCUCUGGAUGUUCUGCCUUCUCAAGUCUAUUCUCUUGUUGGGAGCAGUCCUCUCCGUACCACAUCUUCUUAUAAUUCCCUAGUCCCUGUCCCAGAUCAGCAUCAGCCCAUCAUCAUUCCAGAUACUCCCAGCCCUCCUGUGAGUGUCAUCACCAUCCGCAGUGACACCGAUGAGGAAGAGGACAACAAGUAUAAGCCCAAUAGCUCUGGCCUGAAGGCAAGGUCUAACGUCAUCAGUUAUGUCACUGUCAAUGAUUCUCCAGACUCUGACUCUUCCUUGAGCAGCCCAUAUUCCACUGAUACCCUGAGUGCUCUCCGGGGCAACAGUGGACCCCUGGUGGAGGGGCCCGGCAGAGUCGCAGGGGAUGGCCCCGGCACCCGCACCAUCAUUGUGCCUCCACUGAAAACUCAGCUCGGUGACUGCACUGGGGCAGCCCCGGCCUCAGGUCUCGUGAGCAGUAAGACCAAGCCAGUGGCCUCAGUGAGUGGGCAGUCAUCUGGAUGCUGUAUCACCCCCACAGGCUAUCGAGCUCCACGCGGGGGGACCAGCGCAGCACAGCCACUCAACCUUAGCCAGAACCAGCAGUCAUCGUCAGCUCCGACCUCGCAGGAGAGAAGCAGCAACCCUGCCCCCCGCAGGCAGCAGGCGUUUGUGGCCCCGCUCUCCCAGGCCCCCUACGCCUUCCAGCAUGGCAGCCCACUACACUCGACGGGGCACCCACACCUGGCCCCAGCCCCUGCUCACCUGCCGAGCCAGCCUCACCUGUAUACGUAUGCUGCCCCCACCUCUGCUGCUGCAUUGGGCUCCACCAGCUCCAUUGCUCAUCUCUUCUCCCCCCAGGGCUCCUCAAGGCAUGCUGCAGCCUAUAGCACCCACCCUAGCACUCUGGUGCACCAGGUCCCUGUCAGCGUUGGGCCCAGCCUUCUCACUUCUGCCAGUGUGGCCCCUGCUCAGUACCAACACCAGUUUGCCACCCAGUCCUACAUUGGGUCUUCCCGAGGCUCAACAAUUUACACUGGAUACCCACUGAGUCCGACCAAGAUCAGCCAGUAUUCCUAUUUGUAGUUGGUGAGCAGAGGGAGGAGGGGUCAUGACUGCCUGUUCCUGGCCCUGAGUUCUUAAUAACAGGCUAUGAUGAACUCCUCCCUUAGGCCCCUCUUGAAACUCCUUAGCCAGCAACUUGUUCUGCAGGGGCCCACUGAAGCAGAAGGUUUUUCUCUGGGGAACCUGUCUUAGUGUUGACUGCAUUGUUGUAGUCUCCCAAAGUCUGCCCUAUUUUUUAAUUCUUUAUUUUUGUGACAGCAUUUUUGGUAUUUGGAAGAGUUCAGAUGCCCAUCUUCUGCAAUUAUCAAGGAAGAGAGAUCGUUGUGAAGUUACCCUUUGAAAAAUAUUUUCUCUCUGACUUGAUUUCUAUAAAUGUUUUU